UUGAGAUAGUGAUAUAUGCCAGCAUUAAUAAAAUGAAAGCAAUUGAAGCAAAAAUCGUUGUCCUUGGCUCGCAAGGGGUUGGAAAGACAAGCCUUGUUGCAAAAUAUAUAUCAAACAUAUACAGUAAGGAAAUCGGACCGACAAUUGGAGCAUCAUUUUUUACAUGUAAAAUUAAUUUGAAUAAUGUAAAAGUGAAAAUGCAGCUGUGGGACACGGCGGGUCAAGAACGAUUUAAGGCAAUGGCACCAAUGUACUAUAGAAAUGCUAAUGCUGCCCUCCUAGUCUUUGACGUUACAAAUUACACAACAUUUUCGGAAGUGAAAUCAUGGAUAUUAGAACUACAGAAGAAUGUUCAGGAACCGAUGUUUUUAUUAUUAGUUGGUAACAAAAUUGAUCUCGAGCAAGAAAGAGCCGUGAGUCGUGAGGAAGCAAUUAUUUAUGCGCAAUCGAUAGGAGCACAAUUUCUCGAAACAUCUGUAGUUAAGGAUCAGGGUAUCGAGCAAGUAUUCAUAUCCAUUGGACUGGGUCUAAUAAAUUUAUCAUCUGAAUCGAAAUGUUCAUCAAUGAAACGAUAUGAAUCAAAAGACUCCCUCCUCUCGACACAUUCUUCAAUGUCAAAUUUGAGUGGCAUACAAUAUUAUGAUGGUGUUCACAUGGCGAUUGAUAUAUCGCAGUCUGUAGAAGCGAACGGUAUAGGACGGAUAGAGGUUGGACCAUGGGAGCGUGAUGCGGUAGCACAUGGAUAUCCUCAGAAAAGUGGAUGGUGUUGUUAAUUCUUCAUUCAUUAAUCUUACGCUUCAUACGCUCUCAUCAUUCGAACGAGACCAUUGAAAAAUUGUUGGAUAUGAUGGAAAAAGAAGUAGAAGAAUGAACAAAAGAAAAAUGACGAAGCUUAUCUACAGUAUAGACUAAAAGGACGAUGAAUUUAUUUUUUUACCAUUUUUACCAUUAUGUAUUUUUCUAAUAUGCAGAGCAAAAAUAUUAUUUUGACCUUUUUUUCGGUUCC